CGUUUUUGGUGACCACUUUGGCGGUUCUUUUAAAAGGAGGCGAAAACGCGGGCAGCGCCGGCAAGGUUCCUCCCGGUCCCGCGGCAGGAACGGCGGCAGUUCUUCCCCGCCUUCUAGGUGCCCUCCUGUCACUCAGGGCAGACGCCGGGCGGUGGACCGGUCCGCGCCACUUCAAGGGCACUCGCAACAACCGAUGGCCGCGAGUUGCCCACGGGGCCCCUUUCUCAGGGCUGCCCCUCUGACCUGAAACUCGCUUCGACCAUGUCCUCCUUGGAGCGGGAGAGGGUUGUGGCUGGUCCCGGUCCUGCAGACCCUGCCUUCUCUACCUGGGUGGGGGGAAAGGGGAAAGUGGUGCGACCAGAGCAGAUGCUGUUCCUCCUCCCACCGGGGCCCACCACGCCCUCUGCAGGCUCCUCCCACGCCGCGCAGCCCAGCGGCGUCUCCCGGCCCCGUGCAGCUGAGCUCCGGGGAGGGUCGAGUGCGGGGCCACGCGCAAGAUCGAGGAUCCGGCAGGUCCGGCGUGGGCCCGGACAGGGCCGAGGCGCACCGGGUGAAGAGGUGACGAGCCGAGCGAGUUCCGCCUGCGGCUGAGUGGCAGCGUAGCAGGAUCCCACGCGGGCGAGGUGGCUUCCGGGGCGGCCUGGAGGCCAGGGCAGUGCCCCGGGACCUCGGCAGGUGGCGCCGGCGAGCCGGCCCUUCCCCGGCGCCACGCGAGGAGAUGAGCUCACGGCAGCCCCCGCAGCGCCGGACGCUGGUUGCGCGCUCCCAGCGGCCAAGCGGCCCCGGGCACGCGCGCGCGCGCCGCCGGCCCGGCAGGUGCUGUCCUUAGUCCUAGCCCAGUCAAGAGCUACCGGGGCUGGCUAGUCAUGGGGGAGCCCAGUAGAGAGGAGUAUAAAAUCCAGUCCUUUGAUGCAGAGACCCAGCAGCUGCUGAAGACAGCACUCAAAGCCCCGUCUCUUGAAUGCACAGCUGCCUGCUUUGAAACAGAUGGAGAAUAUUCCGUUUGCCAGAGGAGCUAUAGUAAUUGCCCUCGCCUGAUGCCUUCCCGCUGUAACACGCAGGACAGAAAUCCGGGUGCUGUGGACUUGGAGAAAGUGGCCAAUGUCAUUGUGGACCAUUCUCUGCAGGACUGUGUGUUCAGCAAGGAAGCGGGACGCAUGUGCUACGCCAUCAUUCAGGCAGAGAGUAAACAAGCAGGCCAGAGUGUCUUCCGGCGUGGACUCCUCAACCGGCUGCAGCAGGAGUACCAGGCUCGGGAGCAGCUGCGAGCACGCUCCCUGCAGGGCUGGGUCUGCUAUGUCACCUUUAUCUGCAACAUCUUUGACUACUUGAGGGUGAACAACAUGCCCAUGAUGGCCCUGGUGAACCCUGUCUAUGACUGCCUCUUCCGGCUGGCCCAGCCAGACAGUUUGAGCAAGGAGGAGGAGGUGGACUGUUUGGUGCUGCAGCUGCACCGGGUCGGGGAGCAGCUGGAGAAAAUGAAUGGGCAGCGUAUGGAUGAGCUCUUUGUGCUGAUCCGGGAUGGCUUCCUGCUCCCAACUGGCCUCAGCUCCCUGGCUCAGCUGCUGCUGCUGGAGAUCGUUGAGUUCCGGGCGGCCGGCUGGAAGACGACGCCAGCUGCUCACAAGUAUUACUACAGCGAAGUCUCUGACUAGGCCUCCAGAUCAGGGCUUCCUCGCCAGCGCUGGCCUUUCUUCUACACACCUCUGAAACUGGCAGUGGAGUCUCUGCCUCACCCAAAGACAUUUCCCUUCUAGACUUUGAGCGUCUUCCCUUCUAGACUUUCCCGUCUCCUGGUGAGAUGUUUCCCACUUAUGCCAUGGUCCUGCCCUGAGCCCCUUUCCCCACCACCUUCCCACCAGGGCCAGGCAGAGAAGAGCAACUCCUAAGAGCCACUGCAGUGUGUAACCAUUAGUGCAGCUACUACCUUGGUGCCUCAGUUUACCCAUCUGUAAAAUGGGUAAGCAUAGCCAUUGGGAUGCUUUGGGAUGUCAAGGGGUGGAGACAGAGCACAAGUCACACCAGAAACUGCUUUUUAUACAUUUUGUGCAAGGACAACUCUGGAAGCAAGCCUAUUUCCUCCAGCCAGUUUCAAUGAAUGCUGCACCACAUGCUACACCAGUUCAGCGUGAGAAUUUCUAAUAAAUCUUUUCUAAUACUAAAA